AUGACGGCGCAGCUGUCAGUCGAGAUCCGCCAUCGUUACCAACCCUCAACUGGUCAGUCGCCAUGCCGAUUGAUCGCCGUACCAGAUGAGCUGCUUACGAACCCGCAGCCCGCGCCGCUUAGCCUUCCUACCAUGUCCGCGUCGAACAUCCGGGUAUUUGUACAAUGGAAGGACUCUACCGUGUUCGCCGGCGAAGACAUAGAAUGCACUAUUACCUUCAAGAAUGUAGCCUCGCCUGAAGGACGCGAUCGCUCCCCGGUCCGGAGGCAGAAUGGCUUCGCGACAGGCGGGGAGCGACAGCGCAAACUACCGCCAGUUCACUCGUCGACGAGGCCCUCGGUAUCCCGCAAUUCGUCCUUUGCCUCGCAGUUACCGCCCUCACAUCUUCGUGGACACCGCCCUGCACUAUCAUUACACACGCCGUCAACAGCUGGGGGACGCCGAUCGCCUGUUCCGCCGAGCGUCAUACACGGGAACAACACAGGAACGCCGAAACAUGGAAGAUCCGUGUCAAUCGUGUCCUUAGGGACAGAUGCUGGAACCGAAGUCAGCCAUGAGAGAGGCAUACCCAUUAGACGCCCAGCAAGAGGGCAUGGAAGAUCUGCAAGUCUGCAAGUCGUGCCCGGCAGGCCAAACUCGUAUCCAAUUGCUUCACCAGGUCAUCGAUCAGCUACACAUCCCUCUCCAUUAUCCGGCGAAGCGUCAUCGCCGACAGUCCACAGCCCUGGCGACUUUGCCUUUCCUGCGCGUCAGAACAGGAGACGGCCUGGUGUUACGACCACACCGAGUACCCCAGCUCUUCCUACCACAGGACGGAAACCUUCCAAUUCCUUCUCAUCAAACUUCAAGUUCCCAGCCGCCCCUCCGCCUGAAGAUGCCACACAACCGCAGCCUAGUAGCAGCCCUACAAAGCAACCCAUACACGUCCGGCGCAACUCCCCACAACCGCCAUAUGACCAUCUACGGAUAUCAGGAAGCUCCAAUCUCGAAGUGCUUUCGCCCGUUGCACGGAUAAUAUCUGCGUCGAGCCUCAAUGACACUCCUCGUAGCAGUGGAGAAUUCUACUCGAUGAGCAACAACUCCAACGAAACACUAGCCUCGGAAUAUGCAGCUCAUCCCUCCGCGCGUCUGCUACAGCGUCCGAUGCACCACCGACGACUAUCGCAUUUGGCACCGCCCAAUAGACAGGCUCUCCCUGAGUCGAUAAUGAUGGGCUAUGCACAAAUAAUGGGUUCCUUCACGCUGGAUGGAUCCUUGAUCAACCAGGCACCUUUCGAAGAGGUCAAAAGGAAGGGAGUAGUAGGUGGCCAGGGUGGAGGCGGCGUCGUGGGAGUAGAGAAGACAAAGCGCGAGAGCGGGCUCUUUGGCGCGCUAGGCUGGGGCAACAUAGGAGAGUCGCUGGGCGGGCUACUGGGCGCAUCAGAACCCUCUAGUAUCCGGGAGAUGAGGGGUGUUGCCAGCUCCAAAACCGUUCCGCUCAUCACUACACCCCAGUCCAUUCUGUUCGUCGAUUUGAGGCUUGCGCCUGGCGAGAGCCGCAGUUACACGUACAGCUUUACAAUACCCCGAGGUCUCCCACCUUCACACAAGGGGCGGUCGAUGAAGGUAGCAUACAAUCUCAUCAUUGGCACGCAACGCGCAGGCUCGACCAAAGAACAGCAAGUGAAGCAUGUGGACAUUCCGUUCAGGGUUUUUGGCAGCGUGAACAGCCGUGGCGAGAUACUUGGACAUGAUCUCAUGUCUCCGUACAUUAUAUUGCGCGAUCAAGCUCGAACAGCCAGCAUAGAGCCCUCUUCAGGUGCGAAGCUUUCUCCGACUAAGAAAGGCCCUUCGGGCAAAGCAGAAGAAAACACCUUUGGCGACUUCCUGGAGUACGUGAACAACCUGCUAGAUCGACCUAGACACAAUUCUAGCAUGGGCUUGCUCUCACCUACAGGUACCAUGCCUGGGCGGUCAUCGAUCGCCGAAGAACCCCAAACUAUGAAGGAGGCCAUCGACACAGCCAUUUUGCGCAGCAACUUGACGGGUGCUGCGAAUCAGAGCGCCAACCGCUUUGAGAUCGCCCGCAGCGGCCGCCGUGUUGCGGUCAUCAUGUUGGCGCGACCCUCUUACCGACUAGGCGAAACAAUGACUGCGGUGAUCGACUUUACAGACUCGCGUAUUCCCUGCUAUUCUAUACAUAUUUCACUGGAAAGCUCUGAGAAGGUCGACCCGGCGAUAGCACUUCGCUCGAAUGCUUCGAUAUACCGUGUUACGAAGAAAGUGCACGCAUCCUUUUCAGAAAACGCGCUGUUUGCGCAAAAGCUAGCCUUUUCACCUACAAUACCACCCAAUGCCACACCGGAGUUCAUCACCAGUGGAGUCAGCCUGGAGUGGAAGUUAAGGAUCGAGUUCAUCACUCCGCGAGUAAUGCAUGAGGAUGGAGAGGAGACGACACAAGACAAUCUCUUGGAAGAGAUAUCCAGCGACGAUCGAGGUGUCAUAUUAGCGGCGGCCCAGCGAUUACCGGCUGAGAGCUUUGAAGUUCAGGUACCAAUCCGGGUAUAUGGGGCUGUAAGUGGAGCACCUGAAGCACCUGACGAGCAAGGACUUCCGGUGUGA